AUGACGCGCGACCGCGAUCGAGCGCACGCGCACGCUCCGCCCGCUCGCGAGCUCGAAUACGAUAUUGUCGAUGCGUCGAGCGAAGCGGCGGGUCAUCCGGCGACAGAGCUGCACGUGCGCGACGGUGCUCGAUCUCGCGGGUGGGAGACGGCGCGCUCGGCGAGUUUCCCAGCCAGAGUCUCGGCCCGGUUGAGAGCGCCGAGCGACAUUCGACAGUUACGAGUACUUUCACACGAGUCGAAGAUCGCGUCGAGUGCUCGAGUGAGCGUGGUAUGCGUCGAUAGAGAGACCGGUGGGGUCAUCGUGAAACGUUUGGGGACGCUGAGGUUCGAUAGUAACGCGGAGAGCGGGUACCGGGCGAGAGAACUGAAGACUGUGCACGUCAACGUGAAGGAUGCGACUGAGGUGCGGUUGGAGUUCCCGGGGUGUCACGAGAACUCGAGAAACGAUGGACGCCAGGUCGGUUUGAUGGCGCUGACGAUCGUUGGCGAGCCCAGCGUCGGGUUCGAGCGAGGUCGGGAGGUCAACGGUGAGCAAGCACCACUCUUAGGACGCCGAGUCGUGAAUCCGCUCGAUGUGGACACUGAGGUGGACGCGGUGACGGCGGAGAAGAUUCGCGAGGUAUCGAUGCGCAAAGAACGCGCAGUGAACGCGGAGGAUUAUGACGAGGCAAAGCGCUUGCGCGACGUCAUCAACAAGCUUCGAGAAUUUGGCGUCAAGGUGAAGGUUUUGCAAGAGGAAAAGCUGCGAGCCGUUGACGCGGAGGAUUAUGAUGAGGCAAAACGACUGAAAAUCGAGAUCGACAAGAUGCGAUCGAGUGGUUACGAAGAAGUUUUCGUGGUGCCGUCGCCUCGUCCGUUGAGUGCGCGCGCGCCAUCGCCAAGUGCGCCCACCGUGGAGGAGGCGGUAGUGCUGCCUCCAUCGACGUCCACAGCAACAGCUCGUCCGUCCUUUUCGUUUGACGACGUUCCUAUUCGCUCAAAUUACGCCGAUACAAUGCGUGCGAUGGCAAAAGACGCGCAUGUUUCUUCGGCCGGACGAGAUGGCGCGCCGGAUUCGCUAGAGCGCGUUGCGAGUAACGCUUCGUCCACACCGUCUGUACCUCGCUCGCGACCGCAGCCGCUCGAUAUUUCAAAAUCGAACGACUCCGUCAUCGACGUGAGCGUUGCUGGCAUGAGCAACGACGAGGUGCCGGCGAAGGCAAUCGGUCGGCGCGUGCCUCCCGAGCUCGAAGCCGAGGCGGCAGCGUUUUUCGAGGAGGAGGAAGGGGAGAAGGCGGCAAUCGUGCAAGCUGAGAAGGACAAGGACAAGGAGGAUCACGAACUCCCAUCGCCUACGCCCCUAUCACCGUCCGAGCAAGUAAAUGCCGCACCGAUCAUCGCCGCAUUUGGCGAGGAAGUCAUCGUUCGGCUCUACGGCCAGGCUUGGGUGCAUCGCGAGAGCGCAUUGCAGGACAUCAACGCACAACUCAUCAACGCUUGGGAAAGUCCUGAGUCGUCAGUAUUGUUCGAGUCGGAUCCUCGCGAGACAUUUCACUCGCUGUGUAAGACGCUCGGCGAUAGAUUAUUCAACGAUAAGGUCGCGAAUGUCACCGGUGCGGCCGCUAUUACGCUCGCUUCCGCGGCGAAGGCGUUCGCGCAGCGCGUUUCUGCUCGUGAUGUGCGAGACGCCGUGGGAGACUCAAUCUCGCUCUUGGUGGACAAGCUCGGCGAUACUAAUCCCAGAUUACGUGAGAGUAUCAGAGAAGCGAUGCACGCGUUCGCGUCUGAUUCCCCGGGUGGGGUCUCGAUCCUUGCACACGCUCUCUGUAAGCCCGUGCAGAAGCUCAGCGUGUGGCGCGUGCUCACAGGAAGGCUGACGUUACUUGUUGAACUUAUUCCGACGUAUGGUUUGGACGCGCCGGAGAAGGAAAAUUCGUUCGCGCUUGAGCAAGUGAUGAAGUUUGCGACGAAGUGCUUCGAUAGCGCCAACGGUGAAGCGCGAAGCAUGGCGGUGAAGGUUGUUUUGGCGUGCGUGGACAUCGUCGGCAACAGAGUUCGAAGAUAUCUGCCGCGUACAAUCAAGAGCGCCAUAAGGGACGUCAUUGAGAACGCUAUCGACGAGAACGAAGAUCCGUACGAUCUCCGCGGGCGAAGUCAGAGCAAGUCCCCCAAGGCGCAUGUCGCGGCGUACAUGACGCCCUCGGCCACUCCGAAGUCUCCGCCUCGCCAUGCGGAUCAAGGCAUGGACUGGAACGAACCAUCCCCUAGCCCGAGGGACGAUGUGCCCCCGGAGUUGGCCGCGAAUGCGACGAUGUUAGAGCGCGAGAUCACGCGACGCAUCGAAAUGCACGGUGAGAUGCAUGCAGAAGUCGCGGCGGCGAUGAACGACCUUGCCACGCUUUACAGCGAGAAUGAAAACUUUGCCAGAGCUCAGGCUUUGUUCGAGCGCGCGCUGGCGAUUCAAGAAUCCACUCUCGGUGUCGAGCAUCCCGAAACAGUGCAAACGCUCACGGACCUCGCGAUCUGCCACCUCGAUCGAGAGGACAACCGCGUCGGUCGCCCGCUUCUCCAGCGCGCGCUCGAGCUGCAGCAAAACAUUCUCGGCCCAGAGCACCCGGACGUCGUCGCCAUUCGCGACGUCCUCGCCUCGCUCAUCGACGACGAAGAUUAG